UUUCUCACAUCACACUUGAAAAUUCACUCUUCUUGUUGAAACAGGGUCCUUCCAACCACCAAACCAACCUCAUCAGAUUCCUUCUCCAUCUCUUCUCUUGUAUAAAACCGUCUUUUCUGUUAUUAUUUUCUUGUUCUCUCCAAAUCUCAUCUCUCAGGUUUCCUUUCUUCUUUGAAACUGUCUACUUGCUUUAAUGGCUCAGGAUCUCGUUAACCCAGAAGGAGAGGUUGUUCUUGGAGAUGAAAUAAACCAUGUGAGAUUGAUAACUUUGAACCGGCCUCGCCAAUUGAAUGUCAUUUCAUCCAAAGUGGUUUCUCUGCUAGCUGAGUACCUAGAGAAAUGGGAGAAGGAUGAUGACGCAGAGCUUAUUCUAAUUAAGGGGGCUGGGCGUGCUUUUUCUGCUGGUGGGGACUUGAAGAUGUUCUAUGAUGGCAAGAAAUCAUAUGAUUCCUGCCUAGAGGUUGUGUACAGAAUGUACUGGCUUUGUUAUCACAUCCAUACUUACAAGAAAACGCAGGUAGCUCUUGUUCAUGGAAUUUCCAUGGGUGGAGGUGCAGCUCUCAUGGUACCAUUGAAGUUCUCAGUUGUCACAGAGAAAACAGUCUUUGCCACACCUGAAGCCAGUAUUGGGUUUCACUCUGACUGUGGCUUCUCAUACAUGCUCUCACGUCUCCCUGGGCAUUUGGGUGAACUCUUGGCUUUAACGGGUGCAAGACUCAAUGGAAAAGAAUUGAUUGCAGCUGGCCUGGCAACCCACUUUGUCCCUUCUGAGAAAUUGCCUGAGCUUGAGAAGAAAUUGAUAAAUUUAAACUCGGGUGAUGUGAAUGCGGUUAGAUCAGCAAUUGAGGAAUUCUCUUUGGAUGUUCAACCAGAUGAAGAAAGCAUCCUAAACAAGCGAUCAACAAUUGACAAGUGCUUUUCACAUGAGUCAGUUGAAGAGAUUAUAAAAUCACUUGAAACUGAGGCAAUCUGUGAGGGAAAUGGAUGGAUAGGUCCAGUGCUCAAGGGCUUGAAAAGAUCUUCCCCAACAGGAUUGAAGAUAACAUUACAAUCGAUUCGAGAAGGAAGGAAGCAAACUCUGCUUGAAUGUCUGAAGAAGGAAUUCAGACUAACAAUGAACAUACUAAGAACCACAAUAUCUGGCGAUGUCUAUGAGGGCAUUAGAGCUCUAACUAUUGACAAAGAUAAUGCUCCAAAGUGGGAGCCAGCAAGUCUUGACAAAGUGGAAAGUGAAAAGGUGGAUCUGGUAUUCAAACCAUUUAAGGAUGAACUGGAGCUCCAAAUUCCAACCAGGGAAGAAUGCAGAUGGGAUGGAAAGUAUGAAUAUUCACCAUAUCCAGGCUUAAAGGCGGCAGCUGGUGUUCCUGCAGCCUCACCAGAGUAAUUAACUGAGCAGCGACAGUAACUUAGGAUUUUCUUCUUUUUUUCUCCCUUUUUUUUUUCCUUUUUGUCAUUAUGUUAUAAUCUACUGGUUCAUGCAGUUUGUACUUCCAGUUCGUUUCUGCUUAUAAUUAUGAAUAAAUUGCAUUGUUGUUAUUAUGUACUGCAAUAAUCAGGAAAAAAGGAAAACAAAA